GACUAAAGAAAGACGACGGCGCAUUCUUCCAAAUCGCAUCGCGGCCUCACCUAGCACAAGAGGUUCAAAUAGUUGUGUGGUAUGAACUCGAGAACAAUACGCCGUUCUUCCCCAGCCCCAAUGACAAGACAGAUAUCCCGUCAAGACGCGACCCCGGGGAAUCCACCGAAGAUGAACACUUUUAUCAGCAUCUCCAGCAGCAAGCCCCGAGUCUCUUCCGGUUCGCUUGUCACAGCCCAUACCUACGGCCUGGCCAGCACUUGAUAACGUCGACGAAGGAAAUUAUGAGGCGUAGAGGGUUCAUGACAGCGUUCUAGAAGGCGUUGGAUGCUAUGCCUAACGUGCACACCUUUGCCAUCCAGCCGAUGCACCCGAGCCGACCGCUCGCUAAGAAUUCCACAGGCUACCCGAUGACAGCACAGCUUCUGCAGCAUUAUGUUCCCCGACCUGAUGGUGCCCCUGAGGCGUUCGGUUCGACGGUCCCUGCUCUUUUAUAUUUCGGGGCAUCGCAUCUGCGGGGGCCGCGCCCUCACCAGCGUAACCCCUUCACUUGCUUCUACUAUGCCGAUGUAACCGAGCUCACAAGCUUACCACACGUCGGGAUCCAACGGCUUUGCGACGUUUUCAAUACGUUGACGCACCUAGACCUCUGCAUCAGCACGGUCCCUAACUCUUCGAGUGUCGACGGUCUACGGGACUUCAUCAUGGCAUCUAAGGGUCUUACCCACCUUCGAUUGUGCUUUGAACAAACACAUCCACAGGCCGAGGCCUUGGUGGGUGGAAGAGGAUAUCUAUGUACUCGCCUUUUUGGCAGCUCAGGGCUAUAUCUUCCCCGCUUGCGCUUCCUACACGUCGUAGACAUGACGCUGGAGCGGUUCACGUUCCUCGGCCUCAUCGCAAGGCACGCGAGCUCUCUGGAGUCACUCAAAGUGGUUGGCAACUUGAGGCCUAACGUUCUCAGCAAUCUAGCCACUAUCUACUCGUCGGCGGGGACUAAAUUGAACGAGCUCUCCAUCAUCCCGCAUUAUCCGGAGUACAGCGUAUUCGUCCGGGAAUCAGAGGCUCUCGAUUGGAUCAACCACAAAAUCUUACGCGAGCAGACCGUAAGCUGUUUAGGUAAAUCCGCACCUUUGUAUAUUGAUUACGACGAGCCAGUAUACAGCAUCGAGGACUGGAAGACGAUGGCAAUCAUCGAAGGCCGAAACCAGAUCGGCGGCCGCAGGAACCGAGGCCACGGGGACGAGUAGGAUAUUGCCACGGCCGGGAACCUAAGCGAGAACUACUUGGACGAUCCGGCUACUAUCGGCGUUCACCACGGGGCCGGCGGGGACGACGAGGAGCUGGAAGAAGAUUUCAGAGAAGCAGGCACAUCGUACUUAACGGACGCGGAGGUGGAGAGG